ACUGAUGUGCGUUGAGGGGCAGCACUGAUGGGCAUUGACUGGCACAACCGCUGGGCACUGACUAGCGGCAGCACAGGUGGGCGGCGCUGCUGGGCGGCGCUGCUGGGCACCGAUCAUCAGGGCACUAAUCAUCAGUGCUUUGAUGAUCGGUGCCGAUCCCUGCUCUGACAGCUGCCGGUUCUCGGCAGUACUUCCCUCAUGCUCUGACAGCGUGAGGAAAGUGCAGCCGAGAACCGGCAAUUGCAUUUCCCGGUGAUCAGCG